UCACAUCAUCCUUUUCCUUUGAUCGUCUUGGUUAUACUCCAGUUCAUCAUCAUUUGUGAUUUGUUUUUCUUAAAUUGAGUUCUUUGGCCUCAGGUCUAUUGUGCUUCAUCUCUUCUGUCAAUUUGUGCCUUAAAUUUUUUACAUUAGUUUCUGAAUUUCCUACUUGUUCUCAGUUCACCAGCGUCGUAAUUGAAGAAAAUAUGGCAGAUUCUAGCUUAGAUGAUUUCUUUGCUAAAAAGGACAAAAGCAGACGAGGAAAGAAAAACAAAUUAACCCCGGAAGAAUUAGCAAAACAAUUAGAAGUCCAAGGGUCCCGCUAUGAUAGGAAAAAAGAUCGAUCUAGAGAUGAUGAGUAUGGUCAUCGAGGGUCAGAUUUGAUAUCUAAUUUAAAAAUUCUCGAACAGGAUGAUGAAGAAUGGAACGAUUUCAUAGACGAUAGGGAAAAAGAUUAUCGUGGUUUAAAGAUUCAAUCUUUAAAUAUUAGGGAUAAAGAAGAAGAAAUGAAGGAACAACAACGAGCUCUUCAAGAAAAUGGCAAUGAUAAACCAAAGGAUGAUUCAGGACCUUGGAACAAGCGUGCUGCUUCCCCAGCUCAACCUGUAGAAGAAGUAAAGACUCCAGAGGAGAUAAAAAAAGAUGUUAAAGAGGAACCUAAAAAGGAAGAACCCUCCAAGACUGAGUCUUCUUCAGGGAUGAUGCGUUCCAAAUACGUUCCACCAGCUCUUCGAGGUGGUGGUGGUGAUAGUUCUAAUAAGCCUCGAUCACUUAGUCCUGUUUCGAUGGCAUCAACAAUUAGAAAGCCAAAAGGUGGAAUACCCAAGAUUAAUGAUGAACAGGAUUUCCCAUCUCUAGGAGAUUAAUGCAUCUAGACUUAUUAAAUUAUCUAGUUAAAAUGCUAAAAUUUGUUUACCGGAGAAGAGUGAAAGAAAUUAAUCACCAGCAAGAAAUGUCCUUUAAAAGUAAUCAGAUGAGAAGAUGAAACGAUGGGACAAAAAAGUUGUUAAAACUUUGUUCUUGUGAUUUAAUUCCUUUUUCUAACUCCCCUUCCAUAGGAUAUCAUCUUACCAAUUCAUUAUGAGUGAAAAUACUUUUUCAUCGCCCAAGUUUAUACGUGUAAUAACAUUUUGCGACUUUAACUCAAUAUUUGAUGGAUACAUGAAAGAACAAAGUUUAAACAGUACAUUUGAUAGUAUAUACUAAUACAUAUAACAUUCAAUCCGAAAAGAAAUAUCAAAACUGAAUAGUUUUGUCUAACAAUUGCAAUCAUCUCUGAUCUUUUUUGACAAUUUAUCAGAUUUCAAAAAAUAUUACGAGAACAUAAAAAUCAUUCAUAAUUGUCA